CAACCUGCUUCAACACCACCCUUUGCCGACAGUCGCAACCAGACAGCACUAUGAAUCCAAGACAGUUGCUGUUAUUGGCAUUCGGUGCUGCGCUUGUGGAGGGCCUCAAAGACACCUCGCCUUUUGUGUUUCUUUCGACAUCAGACUUCCCAUCAUCUUCGUCGAGUCUCAAACCUGCCACUUCGGUGCUAGACGAUGUAUGGGAGAACCUAAAGACUUGUCCGUCGGACUAUUACAUUAUCGCGUCGCAGCCUGGCGUCCACGCCGCCGACUAUCGGGGCCAUCGAGCUACACCUCGUCUUCGGGAGAAGGUGCUGGGAAAAGACAAGGCUAUUCGGUCGAAUGUGACGGUUUCGGAGGUCACAGGAAUAUUAGAUCCAUUGUCUAUCGGUAAUGGGCUGAGGGAUGAAUGCGCAGCACAAGUGACUGAGAUUGACGGCUCAACUGGCCAUUAUCCCGCGAAAUUUGGAGAUGGACCAAGGGUUGUAUAUGUAUCCUUCCCGGCCCUACCUUUACACGAGGGACGUGCUCAGCAACUUUCGCAUAAUGAUGCUUUGCUUGCCGAUAUAAUUGAUCAGAUCUCCUCCCCAAAAUACACCCUUAUCUACAGCACAUCUCCUCGAGAGUAUGAAGAAGAGGGAAAGGCUAGUUCGGUGACCUAUGACAGCAAUGAUAUCAAAGACCAAUACCCUUUUCAUCAAGAUUUGAAACGCGACUUCAGAGAGUCCAAUCGACAGGACGAGCAAGGAGACAACAGAUCCCUUUUCGAUAAAUACCAGUUCCUUAGCCCAGGUAUCUUCAUGGGAUUCAUCGCCCUUUUUUUUAUCGUGACGAUUUUGUAUGUUGGUGUCUCGGCUCUAUUGAGUUUGGAGGUCUCGUAUGCUGCAUUUGAAAAGGAUACCUCUCCUAGUUCGCAGAAGAAGCAGCAGUAAUCACUGAUGAUGACCUGUAUUUUAAGAACAUAGCCACUUAUUACGCGUGUUUCGUUGCCCAACAUUUAUUGAUUUGAAUAUAUUUAAGCCGCUUUUAACACCUUGCAAUAAUUUUCCCAUGAGAAGGGCCUUAGCAGAGGGAAGUCUCGUUGCUUGGCCUAAUUCAGCAUACGCGAUGCUUAAAUGCUAAUUAACAUCAUGGUCGCGGAGAACCAGUUCGCACAGAAUAAUGCGGCUCUGAAGUACAUUGUUAUAGAUGACUAGUCAUGAAUACUAAAAAAGC